ACCGAACCCUCACUGCCCUGACAGGCCUCGUCAUUGACAGCUCGCUUGAAAGGCUGGAGUAUGUGCUGCCGUUUGACGAGCGCUGAGCGUCUGUGUGUUUCGGCUGUGUUGUCAGUCAGGCAGUCAAUUAAAUGUAUCUCCACACACACUGGAGCUGGUGCUGGUAGACAGACGGUGAGAGGAUCACUGUUCAAAAAUCCGCUAGAUCACCCCCAACCAGUCAGCCAGUCAGUCAGUCAUGCGGCAGGGAACGAAAACUAAAAAAAUAAAGAUAAAAAAAAGCUCCGUAAUCGUCCGCGAAUGAUGUUCCGGUGGUGGAGGGAGUUUGUGUGUUAUUAAACGGCAAUAGACCCCGACCGGCACCGGUGCUUCGGUUCUGAGCAGUGAGUGUUCAGUUGGGUAACGGACGCAGUCUCGAAAAUGGCACGCGCUCAAACGUUCUUCCCGUGCGUGGGUCUAUCCGGUGACGAACUGUCCGGCCGGCUGGAGCAGAUUGCCGCCUCGGAACUGCGCGAAGAUGACGGCCUAAGGGAACAAUCGCUGACCGCGAUGCGUGAGUGGAUCCGUCAAAAUGGACGACUGCGGCGCUGCCGUACGGACGAUCGGUUUCUGCUGCGGUUCUUGCGUGUGAAGAAGUUUUCCGUGCCAAGGGCUUGUGAAAUGCUGGAACGCUAUCUGACGAUGCGUCAGACGUAUCCGAAGUGGUUUGCAAAGCUUGAUCCGGAGGAUCCGGACAUGGUGGCCGUGCUGGACACUUGCUGUAUGCUACCGAUCGGGCGUGAUCCGGCGAGUGGAAGGAUUGUGAUCUUCGGCGUGGUUCGGAACUUUGACGCACAGCGAUACAACUCCGACACCAUGAUCCGGUUGAAUAUGCUAGUGGCCGAAGCGUUGCUGGACGAGGAACCAAACCAGAUUGCCGGUUUUACGCACAUCUUCGAUAACGGUGGCAUGUCGAUGGCGCACGUCACGUGCUGGACACUGGACAAUCUGGCUGGGUACCUGCGAAGUGUCAUCAAUUGUGUUCCGGUUCGAUUGAAAGAGAACCACUUUGUCAGUGUUCCUACGUUCGCCGCUCAGAUCAGUAAAUACUGCCUGUCGUUUGCCAGUGAGAAGCUCCGGGCCCGCAUCCAUUGUCAUAGCACGGUGGAGGAGCUACGUGCAAAGGUUUCGCCUGAGCUACUGCCACUAGACUAUGGUGGUAAAGGUCCCUCACUUAAGGCGUUGAACGAACAGUUCCGCGAGUAUCUUCGUUUGAAGAGAUCAACCCUGCUCGAGCUGGACGAUAUGGAGAUCGAUAUGAAAGAUCCUCGAGAGGCAGCCGUACACGAGGACGUUGGUGAAGUUGUUGCGGAUGGCGCUGUGGGCAGCUUCCGAAAGCUCUCGAUCGAUUACGCCGGAUCAUCGAUUAUCCAUCCAUCAUUUGCAAACACUUGCGAGCUGAAGUUGCCAACACUUAAGCUGACCCAAAGGUGCGUCGGUAUCAUGCCCAGUGACAAGCUAGUGGUGGUUCCGGUCCCGAACCUGGAUAAAGCGCCCGCCCGCUACGAUAACGAGAUCGACGAGCUGGAUGCACACUGCCAGCAAUUAGCGCGGGACUUUCUGCGUGAAAACCCGACGAUCCGUGACCAGAGCCUGGCGCAGCUGCGUGACUGGAUAGCGAAGCAUCCGAGCAUCAAGCGAUGCCGCACCGAUGCACGCUUUCUGUUGCGCUUCCUGCGCACCAAGAAGUACUCGUUUAUCAACGCGUCCCACAUGCUGGAGCGCUAUCUGUCGUGUCGCGUCGUUCAUCCGCACUGGUUCAAGGGGCUGGAUAUCGAGGAUCGGGAGAUGUGUGAGCUUGUGGAGGCCGGGUUUUUGUAUCCGUUGCUGGAGAAGGAUGCACGUGGCAGGACAGUGAUUUUUGGUGAUGCAGGCACGUUGGACCCGAAAGUGUACACCGUUGGGCACGGGAGUCGAAUGCACAUGCUGGUGGGUGAAACGCUGUACGAUGAUGCGUCCGUGCAGUGCGCUGGGUUUGUGUUGGUGUACGAUCUGUCUGGCAUUACGAUGGGAAUGUUGGGGUUGGUGACGUUGAACGAUAUCCGCGAUCUGGCGACGUACCUCAACAACGCUGUACCGAUGCGUAUCCAGGAGCUGCACUUCGUCAAUACACCGAGCUUGGCAUUGAAGAUCGCCAACUACACGCUGGCCCUGAUGAACGAGAAACUGCGCAAUCGCAUCAUGUGUCACCGCAGCUGGGAGGAUCUGCACAAAAAGGUGGACAAACGGCUGAUCCCCCAGGAGUACGGUGGAGUGAUCCCGAAGGAUGAACACAUAGCGGCGUUCAAGAAGCGCUGCCACAUGUACCGUCCCCAGCUGCUCGCACUGGACGAGAUGGACUACGAGGUUGGACGAGAGUUGGACAGCUGCAAAAAGGCCCACGUGGCCGAGAUUGAAAGUGGCACGAUCGGAAGCUUCCGGAAGCUGCAGCUGGACUAG